CCAUCUCUCUCUCUCUCUCUCUUCCUCUUCUUCUCUCUUUCUCUCUCCUUUCCCCUUUCCAUUCCUUUUCCCUCUCCCUUCCCUUUAACUUGUAUUUUAUUUUCUUGAAAAUAAAAUACAGUAGUCCUUCCUUUCUUUUUUAAUAAACAAAUGACAAAUUCUAAUUAUCAGGAAUUUGAUGAAAAAUUAAUGUUCAUGUACACUCAGACUCGAUUCUGCGACGAGGAUGAAUCAUCAGUAGAAGGUGAACUUCUUCAAGUCACCCAAAAUUUAGGACCAGAACAAUAUCAGUUUGAAUUUCCAACAAAAUCAUGCCUUAAAGCACUGGCUUACUUAGAUGACGAUGAAGAAGAAAUUUCAUAUUUUGAUGAGUCUUCCUUUAUCAGCUCAACCACAAUUGCGGCAUUGUCAUCGGUUGACUAUUUUGAUCAAGAUACAACCACCAUGAUUAGUCACAUGGACAACUGGCACGAGACUCACCAUAGUGAUGACGACGACGACCUCGUAGACGAUGGUAGAUUAUCACCUUUACAAUUACCUGCUCAAGUCAAUAAGGAUCGACAUAGAGCACGCGAAAUUGAACUUUGUUCUAACCAACAAAAUGCCCAAUCAGAAGAUCUCGUCGGGCCCUCCACUUUCCUAUCCGAAUCAAAGCCUAAUGUUACACCAUAUGGAGCUUAUUCCCCUUUAUCUUUUAUUGAUUCCGAAGACGAAGAAGAACAGAACUUACGUGUCUAUUGCAAUGAAACCGAACCCAUUAUGGACAGCGAUCUUGACAGUUCAGUAGACAGCAGUGUUCGCACAACCGAAUCUCGCAAUGUUAUUAUUAAAUUAAACAAAUUCAACAAAUUCGCAAUGACCAUUGUGCAAGAAAGCUUUAACUGUGUCUCAAGUGACGAAGGUUACGACGACACCGUUGAAGAAGGAGAAUUGGAGUCAGAAGUUGAAUAUUACCCUCUUUGCGAGAAGGAAGACCAAGUCGAAUUUUUGGAAUCCAAGCGUGACCAAGCCGCUAUCAAGAUUCAAUCAGUCUGGCGUGGAUACAUCAGUCGUCGUGAAAAUAAGCUUCAAUACUCUUCUCUGCGUGCAGAUCAAAGAGUCAUUGUAAAUUUAGCUCAAUUAUGUGGUCGUAAUUAUCGUCGUCAAAUGAACCAGGUUGACGAUCGUCUCUAUCAAUUGGAACAGAGAGUGCGUGAGGAAACAAGAAUGCGCAUGACAUUUGAAAAGGCAAUGGAAGAUAUGGCUGUAGCAAUAGAUCAACAACAAAAAAUCUUGUACGAUCGCUUAGAGCAAGAAGUACACAUGCGUCAAGUCUAUGAAGCAAAGAUGAAUGCAGCCUUAACUCAAUUACAACCAUUAGAAGCACGCUUAAGAAAAGAGGUGUCUGCCAGAGGAAAGAUGGAAGAAAUGAUGACUAGAGUUUUAGAUCAAAUGCAUGAGACCGAGACAUCAAGACAACAACAAGUCAAGGAAGAUGCAGAGUCCAAGAGACAGAUGCAAAACAAAUUGGAUCAAGCCUUUGAGGAAAUUGCAUUAAUUAAAAAACAACAGCCUAUUACUACUUCAAGAGCAUCAUCUCGUUUACAAAAGAACAAUGAUACUUCGACAAGCACAAACUCAAUUAAAAAGGAAAAUAGCACCAGUAGAGUAACCAGAGUUCGAAAAAGCAUUAUACCAGCAUCGAAUAAAUUAGAUGUAACAACCCGCCAACAACAACAAAGACUCACAAUCAGUAACAGCAAUAACAUGCAGGUUUUUGAAAGACCAUCAGUUAUACCCUCAAAUAGACGUCCUGUGUUAGGAUCAACCACCAAACAACGCACUUCGCCUAUCACCAAUACCUCAACUACUCCUACUUCUAGAAGACCAUUGCUGUCUCGUAAAUAAAUUGUCAUCCUUCUCCUCUCCUUUGUAUUACCCACAUGGUAGAUGUUUGUUAAUGCUCAUAUUAUAUCAGCUACUCCCAAACCAAAAAGAAUCUAUCCAAAAAAGUGCCCUUAUUAUUUUUCCCUUUAAUUUAUCCUUCUUUCCCCUUCUACUCCCUCCUUAUUAUUUACUAUAUAUUUUUGUAGUUUUUAUUUAUUUUUUUUAUUGAUUGAAUCAGAAAAAAAAAAAAAAUUCGUACC